CAUCAAACAGCGACUGAGUUUCGCCAACCCAAACAGAAGCUACAGCUGCAGCGCUGGUUGUGAACUUCUGCCUCUGGUGUUGACAGUUUGCUAUACAUCUGGUUCACACUGAAGCGAAGUGGCCUCUCAUAACAUGAAGAACUGAAUGAGGUGCGUUCCUUUGCCUUUGCUGUUUUGUAAGUGCUGCUGCUGCCGGAAUGGGCCAGCAGAUCUCAGGUCAGUCGGUGAUGACCCGUCUGCCUGAGAAGCUGGUGAAACACGUUGGCCUGGUGCGUGACAGUGGCUACCUCAACUACGAGGAGUUCUUGGGACGAGUAGCCGAGCUUAAUGACGUUACGGCCAAGCUGGCUGCCGGACAGCAGAAGCACCUGCUGUUUGAGGUGCAGCCAGGAUCUGAUGCAACAGCCUUGUGGAAGGUGGCCGUCAGGAUCGUGUGUACCAAGAUCAACAAGGAGAAUGGUUCGUUGGAAGCAUCGCGGAUCAUGAACCUGUACCAGUUCAUCCAGCUGUACCGUGACAUCACCAGUCAGGCUGCUGAGGUGCUGUCUGCAGAGGGCGCCAGCCAAGACCCGUCUGGCCAGCUCCCUUCCACAGGCUCCUGCCAGGCCAGCAUGUGGAUGGGCAGAGUGAAGCAGCUGACUGAUGAGGAGGAGUGCUGUAUCUGCAUGGACGGGAAGGCCGACCUCAUCCUGCCCUGUGCGCACAGCUUCUGUCAGAAGUGCAUCGAUAAAUGGAGUGGGCAGAGCCGAAACUGUCCGAUAUGCCGCCUGCAAGUGACUGCUGCCAACGAAUCGUGGGUAAUGUCUGAUUUUCCCACAGAGGAUGACAUAGCUGGCUAUAUCCUCAACUUGGCUGAUGAGGCAGGCCACCCACACAGGCCUUAACACACUGAGCCAAUAAGAUAAGGGACAUUGACCCGUAUCAAGGAGACUUCACUACACAAAAUGUCACUUUUGAGAGGCAGAGAUUUUUUUUCUCUUCAAAAGCUAGCAAUGCAGAGGAAGCCCCUUUGGUUCCCUAAUCUUCACGUUCUGACAGGUUUGGAACAUGAAACCAGUAACCAAUCAUUUAACAGGUUCCCUCUUUCUAGCAGACUACCUUAAAAUUAAUCCGCAAAAUGUCCUAAAACUUGCUCUUAUCUAACUGCAAAUCACCAGUAUUUUUCUAAGAAAUGUCGACACAAUUUAAUACUAAUUAGGGGAAAUGGAGAUGGUCUUGCUGCAGUUGUUGAGCUUUUGCCUGUUCUAUUUGUGAAGGAAAAUAAGAAAUAAUGUGAUAGGUAUGAAAAAAAACACUUCUAUGAACUGACUGAAAUAUAACUGUGUGAGGUCUCUGAAGUUUUAUCGCAUGUAGCAUUUUAUUUGUUUAUCAUCAUUCCUAUCGAUUUGAGACACAAAGCUAAGGAAUUUCCAACCCAUAUGGAAAGUACAGAUUAGCCUGAAUUAACCAUAUGUAUAUAUAUAUAUAUAUAUAUAUAUUAGGGCUGUCAAACGAUUAAAAUAUUUAAUCGCAAUUAAUCGCAUUUAUGUCAUAGUUAACUCAAAAUUAAUCGCGAUUAAUCGCAAAUUUGUAUCUAUUCUAAAUGUCCCUUCAUUUAUUUUUUCUCCAUAAUUCUUUUUCCGUUUUAAUGCUCUUAUGAACAUGGAAAAGUGGAUUGGCUUGCUUUAUGCAAAUGUUUUAUUUGAUUGAAAAACAACAUUGCCAAACAAGGCGGUACAAAACAAAAUUAUAAAGUGCACAUUUCAGAUAAACAAGGACUCAGCCUAUAGUGCAGUUAAACCAUGGCUUAAUAUUUUCUUUUUUUUCAAUUUUGCUGUGAACAUAGCAGUCAGGCCUCUCAAACAGAAUACACAGGCAGGUGUCGGCCUACUUUGAAAAAUUUAUGAAAUAAUAAGUACCCUAUUUUGAAAUAAACUAAAACAUAUAGCUGCAGCCUAAUAGCUUAAAAUAUAUAUUUUAGUUGGCGAAAUAUUAAAACAAAAAGCGAGAGCAGGUCAGAAUGGAGGCGAACACAGAUACUGAAGCUCGGUAGAAACCAACUGCAGCUUCUGCUCUGAUCAAGAAGCUGCGGCGCUGAUCUCUGAUCAGCUGAGACCAGAGAAACUCUGUGUUUUCACUGUUUCCAUAGUUAAGAAGCAGUCAGUCACUGAGCGGCUGCACCACGUGAACGAGCUCUGAUCUGUGUCUCUCUCGCCACUCUGAGCGAGUGCGCUGGGUCGGGGGGCGGAGCCCACGGAGCGGUGCGCUAUCUGGGAGCACACACACACACACAGACACACACACUCGCCCGCUCCUGCUACUUCAUGACGGCCUGAUACGAUGAUGUUUUAAAAUAUUAUUGUGACUUAGUCAACCACAAACAUGCAAAAGCGUGUGUCACACGGCGAAAGCGUGAGAGUUGGCAGCUCUGCGUUAAUCUCGCGAGAAAAAAAUUGACGGCGUUAAAAUGGGUUUGCGUAAACGCCGUUAAUAACGCGUUAAACUGACAGCACUAAUAGAUAUAUAUAUAUAUAUUACCCAAUGGAUCUAUGAUUUAUGGCCUUCGAAAGAUUAAAUCCCAAUAUGGAUUUAUCUGUUAGUCUUUCUAGAUAACUGAGAUAGAGGAUUUUAGUUUUUUUUGCCUACAACCAUUUUUUUUAAGCAGGACAUUGUGAUUUACAGCUAAAUACCAGCUAAAUUGAAGGGCAUUUUGAGUAAAGUUUUCAGCAAAUUAGCUGUAAAAUAUAUGAUCGGUAAAAUAAUGUGUUAACACUUGAUUCACUUAAAAUACAGGAACCUAUUUGUAACCCAUAUAUUGUAGAUGUGGUGCUUUAUGGGAGCUGUGUGUGAUAUAUACUGAAAAUUUCGUAUUUCCAGUAUAUUAUAAUAAUGAUAAUAAUCUAAUUUAACGCACAGAAUAACCAGGAGCACAGCUCUUACUGUACAAAAACAUUUAGGCUCAGACAAACUAGACACUUUAAAAUAUGAAUGCUGAUCUGAGGUGAAGUUUUUCAUACUAAUAUCAUACAAAAUAGGUGAACUCAUAUCAGCUCUCAUAUCAACGGAGCUGACUCCGAGUAGAGAUUUGAUUGACAUGUUUGAUACCACUCUUAUGUCUGUCUUUGGUUACCUGAUAUCAUCUCAGAGCAGAGAAAUAGUCUUGCCCACCACAUGGAACAGCCAACUGACAAGGUUCUAUUGUAAUUUUCAUAUGGAUGUGUUGAUAAGUUAGCUUUAGAGGUGCAGGCUGGAGCUGUCUGUGUAAUUUAAAGAUUUGUGAGUGGGGUCGAUCUUCUCACCCGACUCAGCUGAUAACAAAUAAACAUGUUUCCUGAAAUGUAGAACUUUGGCUUCAUGUGCAAAUCGAAGACACUGAGACGCAACUUUCUUCCUUCAGAGUAUCUGGUCAAACAGUGAAGCCAAAUGUAUUUUCCACAUGUAAAACUGAUAUGUAGUCUCUGUAAUGUAACCCUGCAUGUUUAUACCCCAGAUGACACGCGAUAUUAGCUGUCAUGUGAACAUGUUAUAAGCUGAUGCUCUGAUCCAAUAAGGACCCGACUCUGGGUGUACAAGACUAAAUAGUUUUACAUGAUUUUAAUAACUUGGCUGGCUGUGCUGUUUUUUUUUACUGUUGGAAUUAACCACUAUUUGAGAUUUUUGUUGUUCUCAUCUCUAAAUGUUUUAUAGAUAUAUUUUUUCCAUUAAAUAAUUACACAAUAUUAAGAUUAUUUUAUUCAAAGUGCUGGAGUAGUACUGUUUUUCAUAUUUCCAAAGCUGUUUUUUGCUUUGAUUUGUCAUGCCAUUAAUUCAAGACUUAUUGAGACGGGCAGCUUUUAUAGACCCUGACCUCUUAAAGGAUCACAGUAAUACAGAAGAUUUUCUUUUCUUGUUCCAAAUGAGUGAAAUCACAGGAAGCACCUUUAGUAAAGUGGUUGUGAUUUAUGUGAAAAGGAUUCCAUGCUGAAGUAUUUGAAGAAAUGUGAAUAUGUAUCAACCCAAUUUGAAUUCCAUUCAUAAAUUUAUGUUUUAAUAAAAUCAAAUGCUUUAUUUAAAGAUGAAGAAUAAUUAAUUGCUAAUAGUUUUAUUUGAUUGCAUUACAUUUAGAAAAAAAAAUCCUGGCAUGAGACAACAGCUUCAAUAUUAUUGACAUAAGAAUUUGACACAGUAGUCAUUUACUUUGUAGCAUUUAUUUUCUCUUCUGUUAGAAGACCAAAAACAUGAUUUCUUAUUGCACAAGAAGUAUUUUUGGUUGUUGAUGCUGACAAAUCGCACCUUAAAACCUGUAGCUCUCCGUCAGUGUAUGUGCACUACAACAGCAGCUGAUCUUAUCUCUGUGGUGUAGAAUAGAAUAUCUGAUGACACUGUAAUAUAACUUCAGUCAAAAUGAUGUUGAGGCGUUUUUCACCAAAUUAAUCAAGUGUUUGACCAGAGGCCUUCUGCUCUGCAGGCCACAUGACUGCGUGGUCUGAAGACAAAUUUAUAAAAAAAGAUAUAUUUAAAGUAUGAAUGUUCAAUUAUGUUCCAGGGCCAGGUUUCAUAAUUCCAAUAUAUGACUAAUAUUAUUCAUUUAAUGCAUCUGAGCCUACAAACGGUCCAUUCUAUGUAAAUGUCUUUGAAUAUGCCCUAAUCCCUCAACCUGUUGUGUAAUGUAAUGUUGAAUCCAAAAGGUGGAAGCAUCGUCUUUUAACUUUACUGAUAGCUGUUCUGGAAUCAUUGGAGGCAUUUCAUUUACAAAACUGAAUGGAAGGUGUGUGUAACUUGGUUUUGUUCUCACUGUAUAAUCCUUAAUAAAGAGGUACCUGCUUGUUUGCACUUCCAAGAA